AUGCUCCAGCCCUUGCUUUCUAUGCCCAAACUUCUGAAACAACGACGAAACGUGAGGAGGUGGUGUGUGUGUGCACUGAGCCCCAGUUGUCAUUUCUCGUUGCUAAGGGCAGAGGAGCCGUCGACGCCGCUUGAUAAGAGCAGCUCGCGGAGCCCGCUCCAACAUCCUUUUGUUGUCAGAAUGAGGACGUACUGGGCGUGA